AUAUCCCUAAUUAUGUAUUAUAAAUUUACUAAUAUCUAAUUUAGUAUCGAAUUAUCCACCUUCCAACGAAAAUAUGUCGACAUACUAUGAAACGUGUUAUAGGUCAUUUCAUUCAUUUUAUAUAAUUUUAUUUUUAUGUCGGACCCACCUUAAGUGAAAUCCUGGCUACGCCACUGCUUGAACCUGCAAAAUCCUAGAUCCGGAAUGCCGAAAAGGCUGGAGAGACUGAAAACUUGAAGGUGAAACGCCUAGAAACAAAGGCAUGAAGAUCAACAGUAAGGCAAGCAAGAAAAGCGAAAAAAGAGACUUGGGCUGCCGCCGGUCACCUGAAGGAGUCGGCGGCAGCCAUGAACGGCUGGAAAAAUGAGACUUUUUAGAGAGAAGGGAGAGCAAAUCUGAAAAGGUAAAGUUGUAGUUUGAUCAUCGAUUACUUAAGUUAGGGUUAAUAUAUUUGUAUGGCCUGAACUUUUCGCAUAAUAAACAUUCUGACCAAUAUUUGUAUGGGGUAGCAAUAUUCUACCGACCGGCUCAAAUCUGGCAAAAAGAAUUCAAGAUGCGUAUGAUGGGUGUCCUUUUUGCGGAUUACUCGAAACGCAAGAACACAUUACUCGCGAUUGUGACUGGGCAGGUAGAGUGUGGUGACCUAGUUUUUUGAGCAAGUUAUUCAGUUUGGGUGAGGGGAAAUCGAGCGAGGAGUGAAUUUGUGAAGUGAUGGAGAAUUCGACAGAUGAGGAAUUGUGAUCUUUCGUCACUCCACUAUGGUUUUUAUGGAAGGAAAGAAAUAAUCACCUAUUCAACAAUUCAAAGUUGGAAGAGUAGGAGAUAAUUGCAAGAUCGGAACAAUACAUGGAAAACUACAAAGCAGCCCAGAUAUAGAACACAAACCUGGUGAUGAAGAGGGAGUACAGAUGGGAGAAACCCAGGACGGGAAGCUUCAAAGUGAAUGUUGAUGCGACAAUUCUGAAGGAAGACGGUACAUGCUUCGACUUGGUGGUGAGAGACGGAGCAGGGGUCUUUCGACUGGCAGCAGUCCACCGGACUAGAACCUCACGGAUGCCCGAAGUGGCCGAAGCGAAGGCGAUUUUGUGGGCUUUGAAUAUGAGCAUCAAUCACCAUUAUCGGCCUUUGCUAAUUGAAUUGGACUGCUUGUCGGUGAUCCGGAAGGUAAUGGAAGAAAACCGAACGGAUAUGGAGAUCGAGACUGUGUGCAGGGAGAUUAGAAAUGCUUUGGAGGAAGAAGAGGAGUUGGGGUUCGUUUUUUGGGAAGGAAAGGAAAUGAAGCAGCCCACCUGCCAAGGUGGGAUGUGGUUGGGAGGAGUCUGAGAUUUGGUUAGACCGAUCCCCGGUCUUCUUGUUGAACCAACUCAGGGUUGAUUGUAAUAACCACUCUUUGACUUAAUAAAAUUCUAGGCCAGUUAUAAAAAAAAUAACAUCAUGACCUAAACUAUACAUCAAAGUAACAAAAUUGGACAAACUCGAAAAUUAACCGUUAUCUUAGACGGUCAAACGUGUUGACUAACGGUCAACGCGCCACGUCAUUGACCAGUCACCCAAUAUUGAUGACAUGGAUUCCACAUUGUAUGAAAAAAUAAUUAAAUAAAAUUUUAAAAACAAAAUUUCCAAAUUUAAUUUUUUUAAAAUUCUAAAUGGGAAAAAUACAUAGUAAUAGGUGGAAAAUAUCAUUUUUUUAAGUGAAAGGUGCUGACUUGGCAAUGAUGUGGCUCGUUAACCGUUAGUCAACACGUUUGACCGUCCAAAAUAAGGGUCAAUUUUUGGGUUUGGCCAAUUUCGUUACUUUAAUGUAUAAUUCAGGCCAUAAUAUUAUAGAUCUGACCAAAAUAUUUAUUAUGUAAAAGUUCUAUCUCAUACAAAUAUAUUAACCCAUUAAGUUAAGUUAAGGAAUCUUAUUGAAUGUUAUCAAACCCAUCGAUUAAGCCCUAGCUAGCCUUCCCGCCAUAUAUAUGGGCUUUGGGCUUUUACAUUUUGUGGCUGAGGAGAUCGGAUAUGAUCACAACAUCGUGUUGUUGUGGUGACAAAAAUAAUAACAUUGAAAUAGAAAAUAAUAUAUAUAUAUUCAUAAAUUUGAACAAAAUAUUAAUUGUCGGAAUCCGGUCAUCGGUUGGCAGAACAUGCUCAUCAGUGUUGGAUUCCAUCCACCAUGGUGAGAAUAUGCUUACUGUCGCCAGAAUAUAUGUUAUAGGUAUAUACUCUAAGCCGUCAGAAUAUGCUCAUCAUUGUCGGAAUCCGGUCACCGUGGUCGGAAUAUGCUCACCGAAAUAUGUGGUUUGCAUUAAGAUAUUUGUGGUUUUCUUUCUCUUGUUUAUGGUCUACUUUUUGUGGUUUGUUUUAUCGUGGUUCUGUUAUGCAUUAAGAGGUUUCAAGUGUGUUUUAGAAAUACUUGUGGUCUACUUUGUGGUGAUUCUGGUCUAUUUUAGAAGUUUUGUGGUAUGCAUUAGGAGGUUUCUCAUGUGGAAGUAUUUAUGGUAUGCUUUGUGUUGUUUUCUGGUUUAUUUCAUGAUAUUUGUGGUUUGCGUUAGGAGAUUUCUAGUGUGUUAGAAAUAUUUGUGGUUUGCUUUGUGAUUUUUUUGGUAUAUUUCAGGAGAUUUGUGGUAUGGAUUAGGAUGUUUCUGGUGUGCUUCAAAAAUAUUUGUUGUUUUAUUUAUGACACUAAUGGUGUGUUUUAUGAGAUUACCGGUGUGUUUCAGGAGAUUUGGGAUAAUUAGCAUAAAAAACCUUUGCACUUAGUAUAAAAUGGUUACAAACCUUUGAUUUGUAACGUUACGGUAAUAAAACUUUGAAAAUGUAUAAAAUGGUUACCUCUAUUUAAUUUGUGACCAUUUUAUCCUAAGUGCAAAGGUUUGUUACCAAAUCGUUACAAAUUAAAUAUUUGUACAUAUUUUGAGGUCGGGUUGUGUGUGCGUUAAGUAUACGACCCUAACCACUUGAAUGACAUGUAAGAUGUCAGGUUAUGUGUUCAUCGACAUACUUGCUUUGCCGAAUAAGAAAGCACUUUGUUGGCCUUUCAAUUUCGAUACCAAGAAAGUAAGAAAGUAGACCGAGUUUUUUCAAACAAAAAGCAGUAUGGAACCUGUUUGUGAGGGGGUAGGAUACUAUGCCUACCCUUAAAGGGGUUGGUUUUUUGACACCCCUCUCUCAAUUGGUCAAUUUUUUCAUUAAUCAUUGACAAUCAUUAAUCAUUGACAUAAUAAAUGUUCUGUUAUUAAAUACAAGUAAGCAUUAAAUAUACCACAUUAAUUACUUGUUUUUUAAAAAAAAUCUAAACAUAUACAAAAUACAAUUUUCUCUCUCAUCUUUGAUCUUUCUCGCUCCCAUCUCUGAUUCUUCCUUUCCUAGCAGCCUCCGACCACCACACUUCGCCGGUAAAAUCUCGCCGACAGACUCUCUCCGGUCACCUGCGAAAAUAUACCACUGUGUUGAUAUGUUGUACCACUGCACUGAUAGUCAGAUAUGACAUUGGUACCAGUGCACUGAUAUCGCUACCAGUGCAGUGGUAUAACUACCAGUGCAGUGAUAUAUUUUUUGCAGGUGGUCGGAGGGAGUCUACCGAUGGGAUUUUCACCGGAGAAGUGUGGUGGUCGGCAAUGUAGUCAAAAUCCCGAUUUUAAUCUUAAAAUCUUACGAUUUUACGAUCUUACCUAUGAGUUCCGAUCCUGAUUUUAUGGUAAAAUCUUUGAACCUUAAAAUCCCAUAAAAUCCCGAUUUAAAACUCUAAAAUCCUUAAAAUCUACGAUUUCUAUGAUUUUGUACGAUUUCAAGGUUCAUAUCAAUUGGAUCAAAAUUAGGCUGGUCAAGUCGGGUUCUUCCUAUGCACCGAGUCAAGUUUACUUCCCCCGACCCAACAUAAUCAACACCACAACCCUAACCCAAUAUACAACCCUCAAUUUAUUUUCAUUUUCUUCCUUGAAUCUUCUUUUUUCACACGUCGACACCCAACUCCUUCCAUCAACGAUAUCUUCCACCCUACCAAUUAGCUUGUAGUUUGUUCCCAUUACCCUCACAAUAAUCCAAAUUUCCAUUCCAUUGCAAGCUUUCGUUCAUCUCCCAAUCUUUCAGUACCAAUAACCCCGACCUUUUAACAAUUAAGAAGGGAAUGCAUCAAUCAAAGAGUUAUCAUUGCCAGAUGAUGGUGAUAAGGGAAAUAUGGUUAAUGGUGAAAGUACUUCAAGUAAUCCUAAGAGUAAUGUAGUCCUCAAGCAAAUAGACAAGGAUGAGAGUGAUGGUGAAGGUGAGGAUGAUGACGAUGAUGUGUAAGUGAUGUUAAUGUUGAUCCUAAUGAUCUUAUGUGAUUUUCUACUCUUUACUAUUAAUUAAGUGAUUUCUAUUAGGUUUUAGGUUGCUUAUUUGUGUGUUUAUAUUAUGUACAAGAAUAAAUAUAUACAUCUAAUUGUGUCUAUUUAGAAAACAAACUUAUCUUGGGAAGUAAUUAUGUUUUAUGUGAUUGAUUGUUAUUCAAGAUAUGCAUUUUUAUUACAAUUUGGUGUUUUAAGUGUGUAUUUUAAUAUGAACCUUAAAAUCUUACGAUUUUACGAUUUUAAUCUACGAUUCCGAUUAUACUUCAGUUUUCGAUUUUACUUAAAAUCUCGAUUUUGACUACAUUGGCGGUCGGAGGAAGCCUGGUGGUCGGAGGCUGCUGAAAAAGGAAAAAUCAGAUAUAGGGAGAGAGAAUGUAUUUAGUGUAAGUUUUAAUUUGAAAAAACAAAUAAUUAAUAUUGUGCAUUUAAUUCCUAAUGUGUAUUUAAUAUGUGUACUAAAUUCUAUAAUUAUAUUUAAUACUCCAGGGGGUGUCAUUUUCCAACCCCUCAAGGGGGUUAGCAUGCUAACCGACCCCGUUUGUGAGGCAUUGAAUUUUCUCACUGUCAUCCUUUACUAUGAUAAUAUCAUUCACAUAAAUUAAUUAACAAAACAACCAUACCUCAACUAGAGCGAUUGUAACAGUGAUUGAUCGUUCAAACUUUUGAACUUUAUAAAAACGGUCACCGAAAGUCUAAUUUUAUUUGUAACGACACGGUAACAAAAAUUUGAACUGUAUGAAAUGUUUAUCUGUUUAAGUUGUGACCAUUUUGUUCUAAUUACAAAGAUUUGUUAUCGUUACAAAUUAAAAGUUUGUGACCAUUUAUAUUAAGUACCGAGGAGAACUAUGGUGUUGUUUAUGACACUAAUGGUGUGUUUUACGAGAUUACUGGUGUGUUUUACUAUGCCAACAUUUAAUUUGGAUUUCACAAUGAUGUAGUUAUGGAUGGAAGAGUCGCCAACUUCUUGCUGAGAAAAGUAAAGUCGCAACGAUGUUUCCAAAUCAGCCAGAGGACUAGGCUAAAAUAACUUGCCCAUUUGCGUGUCGAAGCUCCUUGGGAUAUGUUGCUAACGAUCGAGAGUAACCAUUCCUCCUGCCCAGAGCUGGAGAAUAUUGCGACACCAUUUGCAGAGGGAGGAUCUUGAACCAGCUGCCAAUUCGCAGUCCCCAAGGAGAGAGGAUCGAUAGUCACUUGACUAAGUCCCUCCCAGCCCUUAGAUCUGGAUAUAGCAAUCUGAUGGUUAAAAAGUAGGAAGAGCUAUUUAAUUAUUGACAGGGGUAGUUUGGGUAUUAUGAAAAAUUACGAAGUAUACAAACCGGAAUUACAAUCAGUACAAACCAUACAAACAUACGAACAAUACAAACUAGAGCGACAAAACAUACAAACAGAUUUACAAACAUUACAAACAUAUGAACUGUACAAAAAUACAAACUAGACCGACAAACAAUACAAACCAUACAAAAAGAAAAAACAAUCAGGUUGACUUUGGAGGCUCCAUCCCUAUAUAGAGGGGCUCCUUCCCAAAGUCAACCCGAGUGUUUUUUAGACAUACAAACAUGGUGGACAAAAAUGACAAACUAGACCAAAAAUUCAUACAAACUGGAAAAACACCCGGGUUGACUUUGGAGGCUUCAUCCCUAUAUAGAGGGCUCCGUCUCAAAGUCAACCCGGUUGUUUUUUAGACAUACAAACAGUACGAACAUGGUGGACAAAAAUGACAAACUAGACCGACAAUCCAUACGAACUGGAAAAAACACCCGGGUUGACUUUGGAGGCUCCAUCCCUAAAUAGAGGAGUUUCAUCCAAAAGUCAACUAGGUUGUUUUUUAGACAUAAAAAACAUUACAAACAUGGUUGACAAAAAUGAUAAACAUGGUGCACAAAAAUAACAAAGUUUACAAACAUUACAAAAAACCGACAAACAUUACAAAAUAACAAAGCGUACAAACAUUACAAAAUAAACCGACAAAUAGUACAAAGCAUACUAACCGUACAAAAUGGCACUAAAAAUGAUAAACAUCACAAAUCCAACACUGUCGCCGGGAAAUCCUUCUCCGCCGUUGCUGGUCGCCGGAAAAGUCUCUCUCUAUCUAUCUCUAUCUCUCUCUACCUUAAUCAUGGAAAAUUGGGAGGGGGAAAAUUCCCCAUAAAAAUGGCCGCAACUCUCUCUCUGGACCUCUCUCUGGACCUUGAUCAUGGAAAAUUGGGAGGGGAAAAUUCCCCAUAAAAAUGGCCGCAACCUGUGGAGGAGAAUGGGACGCCGGAUUGCUGGCCGGCGGGAAGAGACGGGACACGGAACGGUGACGAAAAUCCCAACCGUGAAGAGACGCGCCAGAUAUUGAGGAUUUUUUAAUUAAUUAAUAAUUGAAAAUUAAAAAAGUCUACAAUUACUUUAUUGUCCUUCAUUAAAUCAAGUUAAAUACAGCCAUUGGAUUUUA